AUGAGUACCAUUGAUCAAAAUUCGAGACCCUCUACCGCAGAUGUUAAAGGUUCAUCUUAUCCAAAAACCACCACUAAUAUAAGUAAUUUAUCAACUUCUAAUGCUUUAAUCUUAGUGGCCAUAAUAUUUGGGUCAUCUCUUUUGACUUUAGGAUUUCUUUACAAACAAUUUCCAGAAUUAGAACAGCAUGAAAAGCAAUUUGUAAAAUUGCCAUGGGAUCUGGAAGAAGCCAAGCAUUUAGGUCUAGUUUUAGACCGAUAUAAGGACAAAUAUUUUUAUGAAGUAAUAACAGGGGUCUUUUUAGUGUAUAUUUUUUUGCAAACAUUUGCAAUACCGGCACCAGUGAUUGGUGUACCAUUAAUACCUUUUGCUUUGGGAACUUUCAUUGGUGUUGCUCCACCCUCUUUUGUUGCUAUACAAGCAGGACAAACACUCCAUACUUUGACAUCUACAAGCGAUGCUUGGUCUUGGACCUCUGUUACAGUCCUAACAAUAUUUGCCUUUGUUUCUCUUAUUCCAGUAUUACUUAAACAGAAAUUGAGGGAAAAAUUUGAA